GGUGCCGCUUUGUGAGGCACACUGAUUAAUGUGCCGCUGCAUGAUGGCCAUGACGUGAUUCGACGCAGUUUAUAAGUCGUGCAACGUUCCUCACUCACCGCAAGUCAGCCUUGAUACAUUCCCGAACAUGCCGUCUUUCCUUGUUAUCGGGGGAAGCAGAGGGAUUGGGCUUGCACUUGUUGAGGAAUUGCUGAAGGACCCAAGUAACUUCAUCGUCGCUACAGCACGAGAUCUUAAACGGUCUCCUGGCCUGCAGAGUCUCACAUCUACGUACCCGGAAGCACGACUCGCAGUUCUUCUUCUGGACUUGGCGUCCAAAGAAAGUAUUGAAAAGGCUGGAGAGCAAGCGGCGACUCUGCUUCCAAACGGAUUGGAUUUUUUAAUCCACAAUUCGGCCAUAAUCUUCGACCGCGACCUUGACCAACUCGAAGAGGAACUGCGCAUCAAUACAAUAGCUCCCAUCCGCGCUGUUCGCACCUUCCUUCCCCUGAUCCGCAAGUCGAAGGCACAAGACAGGAAGAUAGUCUUUAUCAGCUCCGGUCUCGCAUCAAUCGAGAAUGGCCACUUCUGGACGGGACUCAGCGAAGGCUACUCAAUAUCGAAAGCCGGCUUGAAUAUGGUUGUUCGCAAGUGGGGAGUCGCUCUGAAACUGGAAGGCAUCAACACCAUGGCCUUGCAGCCGGGUUAUGUCGACACAGACAUGGGGCAAGGCCUGAGUGCAUGGAUUCAGGAACAUGCAGCGUGGGUGCCGAUGAUGAGUCCGAACGAAUGUGCGGUGCAAUGUCUCAAUGUAGUCAAGGAAGCCAAGCUGGAGGACGCGGUAGCAUUCUACGGGUUCGAUGGCACCCGAGUACCGUGGUGAUCUCAAGGCAGGCAUUGAGAUAUCCAUGUUUGAGUUCGGUUAGGGGACACGCUAUUGAUAGCACGCAUAUGUAUUG